GGUGAGGACCCAAGGCAAGCACGCUCGCUGACCCUCCCCGCAGAAGCCCGCGGAGCGGAAGGCAAGACGGCAGGGGGCGGGGCCGAGGUACAGGCGGGCUCAGAGGGGGCGGGUUCCCUAAUCCGCAAAGAACGCGGUUACACAGCUGGCCCAAACCGACUAGCGCUGCAAAGGACAGGCCUGCCUAACUCCUCAGAGACCUGCCACCGCCGCCGCCGCCGCCGCCUGCACUUUUGGCAUUGCAGCCGUCCUUCUUAUCUUUCGCUUACCAUCCCAGUCGUCUCCUUCUUUGUCGCCGUGCCGCUACCACAGCAGCAUCGACAACAGAUAAGUCGUGGGUUCAGCAACUUGGGGUUGGGAGUCUGGGCAGGCGCCGAGAACCGACAGCACACAGGAGCCCGCCAUCUCUCUCUAGCUGCCACGGCGGCUGGAGUUUCUCUCCCGGUCUGGAGCACCGUUGAGAGGUACACGCUGUCCCAGUGCUCAGUCAGAGUUAGAGCUUUUCUGUCAAGCCCUGGAGCAAGCGCUUGGAGAAGGGUGAAAGGGUCUGGUUUCUGAGAUCGCGAAAAAAAAAAUAUCUCAUUUUGGAUAGUGUUUACAUUUUUGUCAGCUCAGUUAAGCAAGCGGCAACUUUGCCUAAACCUUCUUAAUCCCCGAGCCAUGUCUCCUCCAACAGUUCCUCCGACGGGGAUAGAUGGUGUGUCUGCAUACCUGAUGAAGAAAAGGCACACCCACAGGAAGCAGAGGCGCAAGCCCACUUUCCUCACUUGUAGGAACAUAGUGGGCUGCCGCAUUCAACACGGCUGGAAAGAAGGCAAUGAGCCGGUGGAGCAGUGGAAGGGCACUGUGCUCGAGCAGGUUUCUGUGAAGCCCACACUCUACAUCAUUAAAUAUGAUGGCAAAGAUAGUGUGUAUGGACUAGAGCUACACCGAGAUAAGAGAGUUUUAGCGCUAGAGAUUCUUCCCGAGAGAGUGCCAGCUCCUCGUAUUGAUUCACGCUUGGCAGAUUCCUUGAUUGGGAAGGCAGUGGGGCAUGUGUUUGAAGGCGAGCACGGUACAAAAGAUGAAUGGAAGGGCAUGGUGCUGGCGCGAGCCCCCGUGAUGGAUACUUGGUUUUAUAUCACCUAUGAGAAAGAUCCGGUCCUCUAUAUGUACACUUUGCUGGAUGACUAUAAAGAUGGUGACCUUCGCAUCAUUCCAGAUUCCAGCUACUAUUUUCCUACAGCAGAACGGGAGCCUGGAGAAGUGGUCGACAGCCUCGUGGGCAAGCAGGUGGAGCAUGCCAAAGAGGAUGGGUCCAAGAGAACUGGCAUUUUCAUCCAUCAAGUGGUGGCCAAGCCGUCUGUCUACUUUAUCAAGUUUGAUGAUGAUAUUCACAUUUAUGUCUAUGGUUUGGUGAAAUCUCCGUAAGUUCAUUGUGCUUUUUGCAAAAGAUGUGGAGCAGUUAGAUGUAAAAUAUUUUGUGUUCUCAUAAUUGUAAACUUUGAGAAUAGUUUUGACAUCAAAAAUUCAGGAAAGUGGGUAAAUAUUAUUGUGCCUCCAAAUUUUACAUUGUCCGGCUCCACAAUUUUGCCCCAAGGUACUAAAUAAUUUUGAUAUUUAUUCUGUAAUUGAAAAUUUUAAUUGGGCAUUAAUAGAAAAAUAAAGUGCAACCAUUGGAACAAUGCAAAAGCAGAUCAACCCCACCAUGUCCUUCUUCCCCCACUUUUUACUUCCCUCUUUCUUCUUCCCAGGUAACAAGUGUUGAAAAUAUGACCUGUGUCCUUCCUUCUUUUCUCUGUCCUCAAGGUUUGUUACAGUAGUUUCUGUAAAAAUGACAAGUUAUGUGCAUUUAUUUAAUUGCUUUACCCACUUUGCAUACAUGACAUCCUUCCAGACUAGUAGAUACAAUCUUUCUGUCUCUGCCACCACCUCUCACUCUUAAUCCCCUGCUACAUAUACAGAGUAUAUGUAGAGAUGCCAAAAAAGCAUUCAACAUUCUGUUAUUAAUGGUUAUUUAUUUCCUUUUUAUUGUAACUUUGCCAAAAUAUAUUGGUGCUUUUAUUUUUCUAAGUUGGAUUCUCAGAAAUGCUAAAUAGGCAUAUGUUUAAUUUUAAGAAAUAUUACAAGAGUACUAGAAUAUUCAAAAUGAAAGUCCCCAUUUCCAGUAUCUUCUACAAGUCUUUAAUGCUUGAAAAUCUGAAAGGUGAAGAAUUACAUUGCAUUACUUGUCACUUUAAUUGGCAUUUACCAGAUUUCAAUGAGUAUUUGUUUUGCUAUCAGGUCAUUUCUCUUUUGUAAUUUCACAAUUAUAUCCUUUGUUCAUUGAUCUAUUCAAUUGUUGAUUUUUUUUCUUAAUAAAUUUGUAGAAAUUCCUAUCAUAAAGUCCAGUUAAUCAUUUGUAACUCAUUAUGAUUUUUUAUUAUAUCAUUAAUCUUGACUUUAUUGAUGACAUAUUUUACUUUACAAUUUAAAAAAAUUUUAGGCAGACUUUUUUUAUAAUUUUUUUUUUUUUGGUUUUGUGUCUUUUUCAAGUGGCUGGCCCUAACUUGUCAUACAAAUUUUCACCUACAUUUUUCUAGUUAUUUUAUUGUUUUUAAUGUUAAAAUGUUUGAUCUGUCUGAAAUUUAUUUUUUCCAUGAUAUAAAAUAGAGUCCAACUACACAUUUUGUUUACAUUCACUAGAUAUCUGAUUACCAGUUUUGAAAUAUUUGAGCCACUAUGACAUAGAUGUAAUUAUAAUGGCAAUUAUAAUGGCAGACCACAGAUAUUUAGAAUCUGGUAAAGCAAGUCUUACCAUUUUUUAAUCAUAUAAUUUGUCCUUGACAUAUGAAAAUUUGAAAUAUAUUUGACAUUUAAAAAGAGUCUGAUGUCUUAAUUAGAGUUGUAUUACAUUUCUGCAUUCCCCUUUGAAGGAUUUUUUAAAUAAUAUUAAGCUUUAACAUUCAAGAGUUUUUGAAAAUUUUACUCUUGUUUUAAUAAUAUGCUUCACAUCAUCUACCUGAAGUUAUUUUGUAAGUAUUUUUUAUACAUAUCAAAUUAUAACAUUAUGAAUUGGACAGUUUUUCUUCCUCAUUUGUAACUUGUUAUUGUGGGUAAUUAAAGUAACCUACAGGAAUUUAUAUUUUUAUCUUUUAUCCAGUGAUUUUUUUUUUAAUCCUAAAGUACAGUAGACUUUUAAAGUAGAAUAUUUUGGAUUUUCUAGAUAGGUAAUCAUUUCACAUGUAAAUAGAGAUUUUUUUAUUUCUUCUAAUGUUUAUACUGAUUAUUAUUAUAUAGCUGGUUUCUCCAGAACAGUGUUGUAUAACAAUAAUGACACACAUACCUGUCCUAUUUUUAUUUUUUAUGUAAAUGUUUUUAGAAUUUCAUACUGGUGUGAUAUUUGCUGUUGGUUACUGAUAAAUAGCCAUUAACAUGUUUAGAAGUUUCUACUCUUCCUGUUUUACAUACUAAUGUUAUUAGAAGUGGCUCCUGGAUUUUAUCAAAUGUCUUUUCACAGCUAUUUUUGUUAAAAUAUAUGAUUUUUCUUUCCCUUUAAUUUGUUAAUGUAAUGAAUUAGGAUGGUAGGUAUUUGAUGUUGAACCAAACAUGUAUUUAUGAAAUAAACUCUACUUGGUCAGGGUGAAAUAAUUAUUUGUUACAUUCCUAGAUUUUAUUUACCAAUAUUUCAUUUAGAAUUAUUUUAUUUGAAUUCCAAAUUGGAAUUAUAUAUUUUUUCUUAUGCUCUGUAUAUCAAGUUUUGUUAUUAAAGUUGUGCCAGCUUUAAAAAAUAUGACUUGAUGAGUUUUCAAUCUUUUCCCAUGAACUGAAAUAAUUUAACAUUAGAAUUUUUGUUCUUUAAAAAUUAUCUAGUAAGAAGCUAUAAAACAGUUUAAUCCUAGUGACACUUUUGAUAAUAGAUAUUUAAUUAAUUGUCUAAUUUUUUCAGUGACAAUUAGUUUAUUCAAGAAUUUGUUAAGAAGGAAUAUAUAGUUUGUGUGAGAGAGUUCUAGGUUGUCUUUGUUAUCAAGCUUUUUGAUUAUACUAUUCAGAUGCCAUAAGUCUUCAUGUAUUUUAUACUAACUAGAUCUGUCCAAUUUUGAAAAUGUAAUAAAAUGCCAGUUAUAAAGAUAUUUUAAAUUUUUGGCAUUCUGUUAUUUAUUUUAAAAUUAUAACAAAAUAUAAGAA